AUGGCGCUGAAUCACAAACCUGUGAUGAUAAAUCGCGGACAAAACCACGUCGGUUUCUCUUGGAAAGACGUGAAAGGGUUAAGUGACCUCACUUGCGUCCUGCAAGUGUUGAACGAGCUGAAAGAGUGGGCUGUGGUGUACUGGGGGCCCAAAAACGAAGUCACAGUCAAGGACUUGGCCCCUUGUACUUGUUACGAUUUUAGGAUAAAAUCGGAAUCAAGCGAAUGGAUUCAGUUCAAAGGCGCGACUCUAGACGGCCCUUAUGUGACCAUGCACUUGACUCGGGCCAUCAAAAUUGGGAAGACGCCCCUGAUCCGGAAAAUAGCGCACUCCCGUCCAAUUUUACUCGAAGUUGAAAAUAAGUACAUGAAAACACCCCUAGUCCAAGCAAUUGAGAAAAAUGACCCAACUUUGGUCAAUUUUUUAAUAACGCUGGGUGCCAAUGUUAACACUCCUUCUUUUUACACCAGGAAGAGUCCUCUAGCUGUUGCUGUAUCGCUCGGACACCUGUCGGUGGCGAAUUUAUUGAUUGAUAAAGGUUGUGAUACUAACACAACCGAUAUUAACGGCCUCACUUUGUUACACCAUGCUGUCGAUUCGGGUAACACCGAGAGUGUUAAAUUCGCCCUAAAAAUUGGUUCAAAUGUGGACGCGAGGGACUGUAACGGAUGGACACCAUUAAUGCGAGCUGCUAUUUUGUCGUGCAGUGACGAAAUUGUGGAUAUUUUACUCGAAAAUGGUGCCUCAAAGUGUCUCAAAGAUAAAAACGGGUUCGAUUUUGAGAAAUAUAAGCACCUCGCGAAAAAAUUAAUCUAGUCGUUUUACAUUUGCACCCAUCUGCACAUUUGUGCUCCGUAGAUUACAUUACCAAGCUAUCAAACAUCACCAUUCUUCUCACCAAAGUUACGUUCUCGCAAGAUCCACACACUUCCUAUGACCUUAAAUUUUUGCUGCUUCUUUAAUAUGGGCUACGGCUACUGUGUAU